UGACAUCUGCGUCCCUCUUGAUUUGGCCAUCUUCGUGUACAGGAACGAUACUCCAACCACAAACAUGACUUUCAAGUUUCAGAAUUACAAUCCUGUCGUCAGUAUAGCGACAGGAAGCAACAUUUCUGAUAAUUCUCCUGUGCUUGAGGCGGACCGAUGUAGUCUGGAGGAACAUUUCCCCGGCGUGGAGCUCAUUCCACGGCAGGGCAGCUGCGCUGUGGUCGGUAACAGUGGUAUCUUAAACAACAGCAGCUGUGGAGAUUUCAUAGACUCGCACGACUUUGUCAUCCGCGCCAACAUGGGACUGAUAAAAGGCUACGAGGUUGACGUCGGUAGAACAUCCGAUUUGAACGCUUUCAACCGAGCAACACUUCUGAAGUAUGGACAUGCCAUUCGGGCAGCCAAGAAAAGCGUGGAGAGAGAUCGAUUCCUUGAACAUGUUCGCACUUUGAAAGAAUCGAUUUUGUGGUACCCUAAAUCGUUAACCAAACUAGGCGGUAUUCAUAGGUCAAGCGUGAACUACCGAUCAGUGAUAAAUGAAACAAGGAAGAACGGACUGUCGGGUAUUCGUUUUGCCUUCAACUGGAAACCUAUCCGCGUUGAAAAGGCAUGGGGUUUACGUCGGAUUGCCACGCUCGGGUUAGACAUGUACGCAGUCGCUCGGACAUUCUGCGCCAACAUCAACCUGUUCGGUUUCUACCCGUUCUACAAAGACCUGGAGGGUCGAGAUAUCAAGUAUCAUUAUUUUGACGAUGUGAAAUUCAACUAUUCUCUCAAUAGAGCCCAUAGCUGGGAUCUGGAGCACAGAAAGCUGAAGGAGUUAGAGAGACAAGGCAAACUGACUUUGAUCGUUAGAGAUUGCAAACCAAGAAAGCAGAUACCUGUAUAAACGAAUUCGGUGAAUAUGGCGUUGGUCAUUAGCAGUGGGCCUUACCAAUCCGCCCUGUCAAUGUCAAGUGAAACAUAGCUGGAUUUGUCUUAAGCCCGGCCGAGGAGCUUUCCACACAGUUCCGAAGGUGUAACUUCAGUUGUGCAAAUCCCGAAGUAUUUGACAGUCCGAUUGUCUUAUGCAGUUUUUAUGACAUGGUUAGUCUUGAAACUAGAAUGACGUCAUUGCCAGAAUUUUACCAAAUUCAUCGGGUGAACUAGUGAGAUGCAAAGUAUACUUUUCUGCACUCUGUGUACAAAUAAUGUCAUGAUUCCAUAAUUUUUCAGUAUUCCAGGGUAAAUUAGGAAAACGGGAAAAGUGAUUACACAUUGUGACCAACCACUUUUUUUCAGUCGAUGAGAGCACUAGAGAGUACAUUAGUUUAUUCAAAGUAACAAGUUCACUGACACUGUUUUCCCAAUGAAAGACUGAAAUAGCAAAGUUCGGGUAUGCAUGCUGAGAUUCGAAGAAAAUUUCUGAAUGUAGUUUACAUCAUGAGUUACAAUUAUUAGAUAUUCAAAUUGCUGCCUAAAUGUAAUUAGCACCCCAAAGUGUUACCAGUGUUAAAAUUGAAUUUAAUUGAUGUCACAGCUACAAGCGAAAUUGGUCUCGUCCAUAUUUUAAGGAUUAGUUUUCUGAAAUUGAAACCUAACAAAGUGUGCGAUGUUCAAUUUUUGCCAAUUUUUUCUUUCGUAUAAAGUAGCAUUUAGAGUACUAACACUUCAUCGUCUGGAGGUAUUUCUAUUUACAUCACAUCUGAACUUAUAACAGGACACGAUUGGGAAAAUGCUACGUUUGGACCUGUUAACUCAUUUCAAUUACGCAACACAGAAAUAAGUAAAUAAAUUUACAUAGA